AUGACUGCAACGGGGGCUCACCGCGAGUCGACCAAACCGCAACGCGGCCGGUCUGACAGCCUUCAAAAGAUGUUGGAGCUGGAACACAUUCGGAAGCUCGAGCGUCUUCAGGGGCAUCAGUCCAUGCCUGCGGCGACCCAUCCCUCUCACCUGGCGUUUCAGCAGGUUCUUCAGCAACAGCUUAAUCAUGGCCGACCUGCCCAGUCACCUCCGAAACUGAAACCUUUUCCUACAGUUCAUCCCGCUCCGCCUGUGAAGCCUAUAGCUCCUCUCCAGUCUCGCCGGAGGGAGUCAUCAGCUCAACUUCCCACACAGAAACCGGAGCUACCACCUUCUGCUAUGAAAGCAGUCCGCCGAGCAACAGCGUUGCCUUCUCUUUCCAUUUCCGUUCCGCCGCCCUCGAACGUCAAGUCUGAAAUCGAUCGCGGGUCGGAGCGCAAGGAAUCGGUGGAGCACAAGCACAAGACAGUGACCUUCCUCGACGUCGAUAUGGUCGACGAACCGACUGCCGACGACGCCUCCUCGAUUUGCCACUCACCGAGCUGGGAAUCUUUUGGUCAGAACAAGAAGAAGGAAAAGAGAAUCGAAGCCAAGAUGCGCAAGAAGGAAAAGGAACAGGCCGAGAAGCAAGCCGAGAAGGAGGCCAAAUCUGUGAAGAAGAAGUUGGCAGCUAAGCUCAGCAAAGCUGGACCGAACACCAAAGCUUCCCCGCCAAGACCUCCAAAUGCAUCGAGGUCAAUCUCUAGCCCAACCGUGUUCGUCAAUGAGCAUCUUCGGUCAGCCAGCGCCCAGGCAUUCUAUGAGCCAUCACCUUCAAUCCGUCCUCAGCAUGCCAGACAACGGUCAGACUCGGUAGCCAUGCAGCUAAAAGCUGCUUUGACAGGCCACAAGACCCAUAAUCAGUCUCACAACAACGAUGACCAAGGCUUCAUUGGCGGCUUGAAGCUGGAGCAGAAAAGACAGAAUGACGCCGGCAUUCCCUUCAGAAAACCUAAUCCGCCUUCUUUCCUGACCGGUCAGAGAUCUCACUCAUUUGGACCUGAAGUUAGGGUAACCCCGCCAGCAACGACACCUUCAGCGUUGCCGCGUUCUUUCUCAUUCGACCCGCAAGGAGAGCGACCUGACGAGUACGACGAAGACUCAUACGGGCCCAAGACCCCACGAUCCGCUUCUAUCAACACCUCUGCUUGGUCUCAGCCUUUAGUCUCGCCCACAGCACCGCCUGUACCUGAUGUGAGCAAUUUUCACCAAUGGAUGAACGGCACGAAGCAAUCGCAAGUGCCCGCCAACGACGAUGAGUUGGAGAUUCAUAACGGACUUAGCGAGGUUGUGGUUGAGCAAGAGCGAGGACGAAGAAGAGAGAGUUACGUUCACCAGUCUCGCCAACAAAGCAGAGAAAGAUCUAUGAACGGCUACAGAGACGAAGUUCGCGUCUCUGCCAAAUCUCACUAUCCUCCGGCCUCCAAUCGCCCACUACAGUCUCGAGCAUACUCCUCUUCUUCAGAGAGCAGCCCAAUGGGCUCCAACUUCCCUCCACGUAACGGAUCGCUCUCUAGCCUCGGCGGCUACAAAGACCAAUCAGCCUCGGCUGAAGAUUUCACGCUCACAUUCCGACUUCCUUACACACCGCCAGCAGGCAGCCCGGGACAGCAGUCAUUCGACCGGUCCACGUCUCAGGGACCACCCAUGUCUAGAAUGAUGUCUAGAGAGAUACCUUUGCCUCCCGAAAGAUCGGCAUCGCGUGAGAGGCAUCCGGCUACCCCCGGAGCAGCCAUCAGAAGCUUCAAGGAUGCAGCCAAAGCCGCAUUCCAGAAAGUGUCGACUCCGGGAUCAUCCAAGCCGCCUGUCUCCAAUUAUUUUACCAGAGCGGCGCGCGACACUACCAUGACACCCGACUCAACGUCAAGCUCUAGGUACUCAACCGACGAGCCAUCCCCUUUCACAGCCCCGCCUCGUCCGUUUGCCGAGUCUACUGAGUCGACUUCGAGAGACUCAUCAGCACGCCCGACACACAGAUCUUCGAUGUCUUCAUGCGACGAGUCCUUGCCUUCUCCGUCACCCGCCACCACUCCUAAUUCUUCAAGGCCGCAAUCCGAAAAGGGGUUGCCGCCUUUGGACGGAGAACUCGGUCGGGUCGACAACGAGACAGUGGUUGUUACAAAUGACACUCGGUCAUACAGGCUUUCUCACAAGGCAGCGAUGCAGACAGCCUCUCCAAUUGCUACGAAUCAACGGAUCAGCCUGCCCCCUCAAAUUCCGGUCCAAAAUCAUGAGGCUCAUCUCAACGAGCUUGAAGCCUUGGUGACGGAGAAGUUUGGUAGGAAGGCUAGCGUUGCUGAUGCCGAGGACAGCGACUCGUCGCAGAGCUAUCCCACUCCAAUACACACCGACAGUUCGAAGACAUCCGCGAUGGCAACCCCACUGACAUCCGCUUCUUUGACGAGCCCAUACGAUUAUGGGAAGAAUGGGCACGUUCAGGAAAUUAGCAGCACCAACAUUGAACCGGUACAAGAGGAACUUCAUAGCGUCGUCCAGCGUCACCCGAGCUUGACUAAGAGCCGCUCGAGUCCUGACCUCGCACUUGACACUAGUUUCCUUCCGAAGCUCAAGCAUCAACCUCUCGUGCCCCGGUCUCUUGUUCCGCCACCACCGCCCCGCUCAUCAAAGCGUGGCUCUGUGAAUAAUUUACACGCCAAAGCAGCCUCGCAGUCUUCAUUCCCUGCGGAUGUAGCUUCCAGGAAGUCGAUUGUGUCCACCAAGGGGCCUUCGAAUCCCUCACAUUAUCUCGAGGAAGCCCGCAAAUCAAUGCCGCCACCGCGAUCCAGUCGCGUCUCACGUGCAUCCAUUGUACCUCCCAACGGCAUCCCCGAGCCCGUUGCCAAGAUGCUUGUGGAAUGCUGCAGUUGCAAGUUCUUGCACGACAUGCCGAGCAAAGUCUACGAAUGUAUGGCAAAGCCCGAUAGCAUGGUGGAGGACCGGAAGCUGGGAGUCAGCGGACUCAUCUCUACGACGGUGAAGUGUCCAUGGUGCGCUCACGGAAUGACGACAAACUGUUGCGCAGGAUAUGCAGCAGUGAUCUAUUUGAAGGAGAAAUUGCACUGA